AUGCCCACCACUAACUUCUCCCAUCCUGACCCGUACUCCUACCAGGUCGGAUUCGAUUCGUAUCACGAAACCGAAGCCGUCCCCGGAGCAUUGCCCGUUGCGCAGAACUCCCCCCAGAAAGUCCCCCACGGCCUGUAUGCCGAGAAGCUCUCCGGAACGGCAUUCACAGCCCCUCGCCAUGAGAACAAGCAGACCUGGGUCUACCGCAUCCUCCCCGCAGCCGCCCACGGGAACUUCGUCGAGGAGGACGCCGACUCCUACCAUACCCGCACGACCACGGAGACGUCCAAACUGCACCACAUCCCCAACCAGCUUCGAUGGGAUCCGUUCGACCUCGACGACACGGUUGACUGGGUCCAUGGCCUCCAUCUUGUCGCCGGAUCCGGGGACCCGACUACGAAACACGGUCUGGGCAUUCUUCUGUAUGCUGCCGGCAAGGAUAUGGGGCGGGAAGCGUUCUACUCUGCGGACGGGGAUUUUCUCAUUGUCGCCCAGCAUGGCGCCUUGAACAUCCAGACGGAGCUGGGGAAGAUCCUUGUUCGUCCGAAUGAGAUCUGCGUGAUCCCCCGUGGAGUUAGAUACCGUGUCACCCUCCCCGCAGGUCCUGUAAGAGGAUACGUCUGCGAACUGUACCAGGGUCACUUCCAACUGCCUGAACUGGGACCCAUUGGAUCCAACGGCCUUGCCAACUCAAGAGAUUUCCAGGCACCGGUAGCUGCUUUCGACGACGAUGAGGAUGAACAGGACGAAGCAAAAGAAUACCGUCUCUACAGCAAAUUCAACAACAGACUCUUCUCCACAACACAAGACCACACCCCCUUCGACAUCGUCGCCUGGCACGGCAACUACUACCCCUACAAGUACGACCUGGGCCGCUUCAACACCAUCGGCACCGUCUCAUACGACCACCCGGAUCCAUCGAUCUUCACCGUCCUCACCGGCGCAUCCGACCACGUCGGCACGGCCAUCGCGGACUUUGUGAUCUUCCCGCCUCGAUGGCUGGUGGCCGAGAAUACCUUCCGUCCACCGUGGUAUCACCGGAACACGAUGUCUGAAUUCAUGGGACUUAUCACGGGCGACUACGAUGCGAAGACGGGCGGCGGGUUCCGGCCUGCCGGAGCGAGUUUGCAUAAUGUUAUGAGUGCUCAUGGGCCAGAUAUGCAUGCUUUUGAAGGGGCCAGUAAUGCAGAUUUGAAGCCGCAGAAGAUUGGGGAAGGGAGUAUGGCGUUUAUGUUUGAGAGUUCGCUCAUGGUGGGAGUAUCUGAAUGGGGCCUCAAGACGUGCCAGAAGGUGCAGACGGAUUACAACGAGCACAGCUGGCGUCCUUUGAAGAGGCAUUUCAGGAACCCUAACAAGGGUUGA